CAUGGCAGACGGGCGGCACACAUUCCUGAGACACCCACGCAUCGGCACGCUUGCUCCUUUUCAUACCAGCCCGGCCGUGCCAUCAAUCUAACAAUGUUCAGCAAGACGAACAUGGAUAAUCUGAAGAACACGUUGAAAGACGCGCUCAGAAAGUUUCUCAAACCGAAGUUGCAUAAGCACAAGAAGCGAGCUGACGUUCAGUUGGACAGUAGCAUGGAGGAGCUGAAGAGACUCGUACUGGAGGGGAUGAACAAAGAUCCUUCCCUCUACUCUACCCUGGAGAAGGCAGACAUUCUUGAAAUGGCCGUUAACUAUCUCCAGAAUUCCAUCAGCACGCAGGCAGACGAUACGGCAGCAUCAGUUGCAUACGACUGCGCAUGCGUCUGCGUGUGUGGGGCCGACUGAACACCGACCUAUGCAAGUUCCACACCAGUGUCUUAUCACUGAGGAAGGUUUGGCAAUGUCACGCCAAUGUCACCCAUGCUUGACAGGAAGAUGCGGUGAGAGAGGACACCCCGUAACCCUGCGCAGCGGAGAGCGCGCAGCCGGUUGAGCACGCAGCGGAGAGCUCGAGGUCACGUCACACCUGAUUUCACGAGAAGAUGAUGACUGCUGACCUCACGAUGGCAGUGUCUCCCCAGUCGCCCUCGAUGGCAACACCAACAUCAUCAACAAGCUGGCCUACUUCAUAAUUAAGUGGAUAUAAAUAAAUGCCCUUCACUUGUGAAGGAGACGAUAGCUUUCCCCAGAAGUCACCGCGGUCAACUAAAUGAUGGAGUUAUAUGUAAAUAAUAUCGUUUUACGCCUUGAAUUAUGUUUGAGCAUAUAUCUAUGUAGUGCACAGAGAUUCCUCAUUUGUUUCGAAUCUCAUAGAGCAAAUAAUCGUAGCCUAGAUGUCGAACACAACUAUGUAGAAGAAAUGCAAUAUCAAAGUUUGUACUCUUGUUUUAAUAAAUACUCUUGUUUUAAUGAAA